UAUAUGUACGGUGAUCGUCUUGGUUUGGGGCAGGAUAACGUAAGGUGGCGAGUGUGUUCCUCAGCGAUUAAUGUUCAUCUCCGCAAGGCGUAAUCUUUUUUUGUGGGCUUGCUAGACGAUUGAUUUACGAUUUGUGACUGAGCACCAAUCCAUGAUGGGGCUGGCGUCAGCUUUCCAGUUCAUUUUGAUGUUUGGAUUGCUGUUUUCGGUCUCGUCCAUAACGGCUGGGUCCACUUACAGUGGUGAAGACUUGUCUAACGGAACGACAAAUAAAACAGGCGUCGAGGACUCGUGCAUGUCACGAGUGCUUCAGCAUUUACCCUCCGCAGCUCUCUAUCGUACCAUCCAGGACACUGAACUACUGCUAUCACGUCUCACUCCAUCUGUUGAUCAACUGAAUGCAGCCAAUGCCGACACAGCAUCGCUGUCGGCAUUGCUAGGUGGCCAUCAGCAUGCCGAGCUGUUGUUGCAGUGUCUUAGUGGGGAGCUGGAGGCAUGCAAUCAACGUCAUCCUUGCAAUAAUGCCGGAAAGUGCAUCUUCAGAAGAUCUCUAGAAGGACAUGGAGAGUACACUUGCAUAUGUAAAGAAGGCCGUGCAGGAAAGUUCUGUCAAACAGAAUGUUUAGAGGAGCCAACAACGAAUCAGCAAAUCUUGCAUCAAGUGAGCAAGGAUGUGCAAGACCUGAAAGUACAUAUGGCCACACAGGAGGACAUCAGGCACAUUGAAACUUUCCUGGAAAGUAUAAACUCGACCAUGACUGAAAUGGCAUCGAAAAUUACGUCCCUGAAUGGGUACCUUGCAGAAGACCAGGAAAAUCAGGGUGUUGAGGAAACGGAAGCAUUGACCGGAUGCAAGAGAUAUGCUCACGACGCAUCCGGAGUAUUCGCAGGCCAAAUUUCGACAUUUGAGUACAUUGCUUACUGUGAUCGAGAAACCGAUGGAGGUGGCUGGACUGUGUUUCAGAGAAGACAGGAUGGCUCAGUGGACUUUUACCGUGACUGGAAUGCAUACAAACGAGGAUUCGGAUCAGCGGCUGGAGAGUUCUGGCUGGGUCUAGAUAUACUACACUAUCUGACGUCACAAGCGGGUAGUACAUAUGAACUGCGUAUUGAUAUGGUGUUCAAGACAACUGGAGAGAAGCAUUAUGCCAAGUGGUCAACAUUCCGUGUUGAAGGUGAAGCUAACAAUUACAGACUACACGUUUCAGGAUUCUCAAGCCCUACCUUGGUGGACAGCAUGAGUUACCACAAUGGACAACAGUUCAGUACUCGAGACCGUGAUCAUGACUCACACAGUAGUGACUGUUCCAAUGCAUACAAGGGUGGUUGGUGGUAUAACAACUGUCACCAAGUCAAUGUCAAUGGAUUGUAUGGACGUAGUGAUGGAGACGCAACUGGUGUAGUGUACCGUCAAAACGUGUUCAAAAGUUUGAAGUUCGUGGAAAUGAAACUAAGAAAGCAAGGAUAAAACCCAAAGUACUACUAGAUUCACUACACACACUGCGCUCAUUUGCAUCCAAAUGCAACAUACUGCACGUCUUAACUAGUUUCCUCUUUUCAUAAUGUCUUUAGAAAUGCUUAGACCUCUUUCCACGCUUACAAUUCCUUUGCAGAGAAUCAGCAUGCCAUUCGACUCUCAGUCGCGAGAGUCUACAAACCAUCGAUGCUUUGUUUAACAUAAUAUUACUGCACACAUUCACUAAGUGAGUGUUUGCCAUUUAAGGGCAUUGCUCCAGUUCCUUCGCCACCGUAAAACACAUUGAUCUUCUUGGAGCGCUUUCGUUUUAUACUUUUUAUCAGCGAGCCAUCGUGGUUUCAAGAAUACGAUCACUCUUUGUAAUGAAUGGUACUUUUCCUCUCUACUACAAUCACCCGCAUUCUCUCACUAACCACCUGAACAUUAACCGUCUAGCGCUAUCCACUUCAACUGUUUUUGUUUUGCGUGACUAAUUGCUUAAACCAAACACACAGUAGAAUGA